UCGUCUGCAACACACACUAUAGUAAUAAUAAAUGGGAUAAUAGAUAAAUUAAAAACUCGAAAAAGGACAACCAUUGUCAAGGUUGUAUAUACACUGCCACUUUUUAACUAACGCUAAAUUUUAACAUAAUUCAAUAGACAUUUGAUGAUUGGUUAAAUACAUUGAAUGAGUCUUAAAUUUGGUAUUUAAAGUACAAUUACUAUUGUAUCGAACAAGAAACUUGCGAGCAAAUGAACUCCUUGAACCCCAAAGAUACUGGUGUUCAUAAGAACUUAGAAAGUGGAAGGCGACUGCAGAUAGGGGUUAAGGUUUCUAUCUCAGAUCAACCACCUCCCGUUUCAGUGUUAGUUAAUCAGAUUUAUUAUAACAUUCAUCCUGAAAAGUUUUUUAUUGAUUUUGCAAUCUUAAAAAUGAACGUUUAUUUUCAUAAAAUUAUAUUUGGACGUAUAGCAUUACAUACAUCGUCACUUCCGAUAGAAACAAAACAUAAUCUACAAAAAAUUGUGGGAACCUAGUAACCAUGGAAUCGCGAUUACACAGGUAUGACAGAUACCAAACUUUUCUAUUAACUUCGAUUAAUUUUCACGAAAUGUCGGAAGAUAAUUUAAUUGGAAAACGGCCUAAGACUUCUCCUGAGAAAUUAGUCACUGAAGAUUCAAGCACUAACGAGAAGAGAAAAGUAAAAAGAGUUAGUUUUGCCAGUAGCAGUUUUGUUAAGCCAUUUGCAGUUGAUCCCGAAAUAAAUACAUUAUGGGAUGACACUUACGAAGAAGAACUCCAUGAUUCAGAUAGAUCUAUUUGCAGUACUUUGGAUCAAAGUUUUUUAGAAAAUGCAGAUUUUGAAGAGUAUAAUAAAGAAAAUUAUAACCCAACUAAACCAUUUUUACCUGAAGAUAAUAUAACAUUCAGGAAAAAAAUAUUUGAAACUAAUUUAGAAACAAAAGGAAAUGCUACCAAGUCAAAUAUGAAUGAUACACCUAAAGUGACAGAUAAGCCCAGAGAGGAGAUAAACAAAGAAUUAUCAGAACCAAUGUACACAUCUGUUGGUGCAUCAAAUGAUAUUUAUCCAACAGAAGUGGACAACUCGCAAUCAUCUACAGAUUUUAUAAAACUGCAUUUUGAAAGUGAUGGGACUACUUUCGAGAACAUUUUUCCAGCUACGUGUGAACAGAUCAAGUUAUAUAAAACUGUCACUAACAGGAAAUUGGUUGAAGAUUGUGAUAUCAGAGUUGACACUGGUCCUCUAACCUCACAGAAAUGCAAUGAAAACUCCACAGGAAGUGAACAACAAUGUAAUACAAUACAUGACAGUUAUUCAGGGAAAUCAUUUCAUAAGCAAGCCAAAGGGGUACUGGAUUUGGCCAAAGUUUCAGCUUCCGAUAUAUAUACAAAUUUAUUGGAUAAAUUGGCUGAAGCAGACCUGAAAAAUUUGGAGCUGUUGGAAUCUUCAGAAAAGCCUAACGAAACAGUUGUUGCUGAUUUAAAAGAAAUGCAUCAAUUAGGCUCUGGUGCUGAGUUUGGGAGCAAUUCUAAAGAAGAAACUGAACUUUCCGAUGCUGUUCUCCAAACUUUAAGAGAACUAGUUGAGGAGGCGGUUACAAGGUCUACCGAUUACUAGGAGUUUGUUAAAUUUCAUAAACAUGAUUACUGUUUUUAAAUAUUUUAUGCAAAAGUUUCUUUCACAACUAAAGUUCACCCUGAUGAAGGAUAUUUUGGAUGAAAUCUCUAUGAUAGGUAAGCUUUGAGUUUUCAGAAUCAGAUCAUGAUAGAGAUGAGGUAAAAAUGGUGGAAUUUAUUAAGAGAUACAGCUCAACGGUCGCAAUUGUCAUCUUGAAUCAAACAAUAUCAAUAGAGUUGGCAUUGUAUAUAUAUAUAUAUAUAUAUACUCAUAUAUACUCAAUAAUAAACAAAGAGUAAGCGACUUUUUGACAACUUUUAGUAUUUUUGCUGAUAUUUGCGAAUAAAUUAAAUACCGAUUAAUCAAACAUACCAUAUGAAUGUUUCGAUUUUUAUCUACCAGACAGUAAUGGUUGUACAAAUAUAAACAAAGCUAUACAUGUGCGAUUUUUCUAUAAAAUCAAUCAUUAUUCUAAUAGGACCUUUCCGAUGUCUACCAGAAAGAAUCAUACUAUUAAGACAGAUCAAUUUCUAUACACCAGAAUAUCCAAAUCAUGAUCGGGUUAAUCCGAUCAUAGUUUCUAACAAGUCCUGUAAAUAUAUAUCCUUCUUUUUCCACACAAAAUGCACGUGCACACAAUAUGCUCAAUAUUUUCUCUAAUUGCUCUCUUACAGUAAUAGGAAAUGAUUCAUAUUUUAUAAACUGUUUUCAAGUACAUAAAAACAAAUUUUGACAAUUAUACUUGAACUUUCUGAUGGCGCCAAUUGUUGAGUAUAAAACCUAAUUGUUUAUUGAUUUUAGUGUUAUCAGCUCAAGAUAUGUUAUUGAAGAAGUAAAUGAGUACAUACUUGGGAAAUUUUUGGUGUUUCAACAAAUAUGUUCAAGAAAUAGGCAAACCUGUUUCCAGAAUAGAAGAUGAAUUUUCGAAAAAUUUUUAUUGUUCAAAUUAUUUUGUAUUUAAAUUAAUGUUAAUUUCAAUAAAAUAUAUGUUGAUACAAUGUUUUAAACAAA